CCGGGAGAGGCGCCGGGCCGGGGUCGGGCGGGCUCUGCCACCGCGGGCCUCCGCCGAACGCAGGCCGGCGCUUCCUGCUCCAAACGGGCGGGUGUUGGAACGGGAGUGCUCAGCCUUCCUCCCUGAGGCAGGCUGGCGCUGGCGGUGCGGCCCGGGAGCGCUCGGUGCGCUCCCGCCGGCAGCACGUGUGACAGCCGCGGGGAGCCCCGCCGCUGCCCUGCCGCUGCUGCCCGGGGUGCCGGCCUGCUGUGACCUUGGGAAGCGGAGCCACGGCCUCCCCACGCGGGCUAUUGCAAGGAGCAGCGCUGCCUUCUGGGUGCAUCCCAGUCUUUGGAGACUGCAUGGGCAGAGAGAAACAUCUGGGGCUGAAAUAACAUCUGCUUGCAGGGGACUCUGCAGGACCUGUUACACUAACUAACGCUUCUGUAUUUCUAGGUUUGAGGUUUGGAUUUGCUUUGGAAGUCAGAGAGCAGUUGCUGCCUCGUUCUACCUACGUUCAACUUUUAAUAUAGUAGUAUUAUUGCAAACAGGAAAAAAAAGGAGACAAGUAUCUCCAUACCUAACCGGAAACGGGAGACUUUGCUCUGAAAUAAUUGAUAAACAAGUGUGAAGCAUGAGGAUCAACUCUGCUGUUCAGGCUGCUAUUGACCUCACAGCAGGUGCUGCAGGUGGGACAGCCUGUGUGGCGACUGGCCAGCCCUUUGACACUGCAAAGGUGAAGAUGCAGACGUUCCCCAACAUGUACAAAGGACUUGUUGACUGUUUUGUCAAAACCUAUAAGCAAGUGGGACUUCGAGGCUUCUACAAGGGAACCACACCAGCACUUGUAGCCAACAUUGCAGAGAACUCCGUUCUGUUCAUGUGCUAUGGAUUUUGCCAACAAAUUGUGAGAAGAAUUGUUGGAGUAGACAGGAAAACAAAGCUCAGGUUAGUAAUAAAUAUCUGGUUUGCAUUUUUUUUAGGUCCCAUCCCUUUGUUACUAAGUGGAGGUUUUGGAGGCAGCUGUCUGUGGAUUGCUGUGUAUCCUGUGGACUGUGUCAAAUCUAGAAUUCAGGUUCUUUCAAUGGCUGGAAAACAAGCAGGCUUUAUGGGAACAUUUGUAACUGUUGUGAGAACUGAAGGCGUGCUUGCCUUGUAUUCUGGACUAACACCAACUAUGAUCCGUGCAUUCGUGGCCAACGGGGCACUGUUCCUUGCCUACGAGUACAGCCGGAAACUUAUGAUGAAACAGAUAGAUUCUUACUGAUACCGCCUAGCAAACGAAGAACAAGAGAUUGUUUAAGGGUCAUUUAAAUAAAUGAUGAAAAACACAUAGAUCACAUGAUGGUCUGAGCAGAACCAAAUCAGUGACCUAAUUUUAGGAACUCAACUCCAGUUUAAGAUUUGUAAUCUUUUAAAAAUCAGGUGAUUUUAUGGAGGUGCGUAUAUGUUGCUUGAAUUGCACAAGCAGAACUAUCUCCCUCUUACAGAUUCUGCACUAGGUACACUGCAUGUCAUAAAUGUCUUUCCCGACCUGUACUGGUGCUAAAAAUAUUUACAUUGACCUGUAGGAUUUAAUGUAACAUGCAAGAGUAGGUUGUGAGUUGUCUACAGCAAAGCACUGGUUUUAAAACUGUGCUGCAAUUGUGACCUUUUGCAGUUGUUGCUGAUGUCCGACUCAAAAUAACAUCAGUUCUGGCCUAAUCUUGCUGAAUAUAGAUGACUUGGACAUACCCCUCACCCAGCUACACCCCUGUCCUGCUCUGGCUCCCUGCUGCUUUGUGACUUGCUAAGGUCAUGGAAGAGGGUGUCCUUACUUACGUACUCUGUCCUAGUGAAUGGGUUUAUAAAAGUAGGAAACAUUCACCCCCUACUUUAUAUGAGACUUAGAGCCCAAGAUAUGCCUACAUUUUUGAUAAAAGCACAGUAACAACAUUAAGGCUAUGCUGCAUUGCAUCCUGUCAAGAAGUGCUGGAGUAUGCUAAGCACCACUUAACAUAAGGGACACUGCUGAAAAUAGCUGCUGCCUCUGAGCACAGAAUUGUGACUUCGUGCAGGCUCCUGUUUAGAUCACCUUGGCACGAAUGAGGCCACAUGCUGGAAGGACAGGAAGCUGAAGAGGAACAGAAAGCCAGAACUGAGUGGUUAACUGACACCAUGGUCUCUGACAUAGCAGUCUUACUGGGGCUGGAGUCUUGCCACUUGCUGUGCCUCUUCAGCUGAGUGGAAAAAGCUCAUAUGACUGGAUAGCUUGUAUCACCUUCAGGCCUGGAGGGCAUGGCCUGCUCUGUCAUGUUAUUUGAUGAAAUAUGUAGUUAGUCAGCAUUACCCAAAAUGAUGCAGUGACACCUCUCUCUAGAUGCCCCUUUUGUUCUUAAAGUAGAAUGCUCUUUCUACAAGCAUGUUCUGCUUUGUGAGAAGGAGAUACUGCCUUAUCCUGGAAUAAGUUGAGCAGGUCUUAGAACAGCACAAACUUGUCCUGAGUUGUACAGAGAUGCUGCCUGGGUGCUCUUAAGUGCAGCCCACCAGUGUGGGGGCAGCGGGGGGCACAGACAGAGCCCUUUAACUCACUGAGAUCAUCACAGCUACAUGGAGAUUAGCAGCUUGUCACAGCAACCACAUUUGUCAGUGACAGACAGAGCUGAAACAACCUAAUUUUGCAUGUUACAGCUUUCAGAUCCCAGAAAUAGGAACAAGCUUUAGGCAUAGAUGAAAUCCCCUCUAUACCUGCUGCCUCUUGCAGUGGAGCCAGGGCGCACUUAAACUGGCUCAUUCCUUGCAUUGUUGCAGCCUCUUUGAUGGAAGGUUGUUGCUGCAGUUCCACAAAAUCUUCUUGCUCCUCCAGCCUCCAAUUGCAGAAAGAACAAUUCAUGUCCCUUUCAUACACCACGAGAAAAGGCAGUUAAAGCAGGGCAUGGCUGAAGGAUCUUCAGUGUCUACUGCACCAAUACAGCUUGACUGACUGGUACCAUAGGGGCAGCACUACUCUGCAUUGCCAGUACUUUAAAAGGAAUUUAUACCAAAUGUUUAAAUGAUUCAGGUAGGAGGAUGAGGCUUUAAGAGUUGUUAGACUUCCCCUUCUUUUUAAAGUUGUCUAGCUAAGAGAAAGAGUAUAUUUGUACAUGUUUCUAGUAGUUAUGAAAAGGUGAGGACAGACUCCACCUCAGUGGAAUACUUCAAUCUAUUUCUUAGAUUUGUCUUUGCUUUCAUUUUUUAAAGCUCAUGGUUGCAGUUUUUAGUAUAAAAAUUGAAGCUUCAAGAGAAGCAGGGUAUUUAAAACAACCAACAGCAAGAAGCUGGUGGCAUUUUUGAGAUUUUACCUUCUGAAGUUGAUGUAAGCAGUAAUUUUUCCAUUCAGAGCUGCUUAAGCUGUACACAUGUAUCAGUUGUUCAGCUAAAAACUUCAUGAUGUUGGUAUAGGAAUUCACAGAAAUAAAGUUUCAUUUGAUUAA